AUGGCGAACCGAAUGUCCAUGUUCUCGGUUGCCUCUGAAGGCCUGGGCAACAAUCGCGGCCCUCAGACGGCCCAGGUGUCCACCACCACCCUGCUCAACACCAUACACAACAUCUAUCUCGCCAGCCAACCCCAUCAACUGGAUUCGAGUACCAGUCUUGUUGUCAACACCUGGCUCACCGCCGCCCAGGGCGGCCCUACAGUUGACGCUGCUCUCGCUACAAGGGCGUGGGAGCACGCUCGCCGCCGUGCCGAGGAUGCAUUAAUUGUGCUUGGAUCUCUGCACUCCUCCACCCCGUCCGUCCUCGUCCCAUUCAUCUCUUCCAUGCCAUUUACGAUCCCGAGUUCCAUCUUCAAGGCUCUCGACUCUGUCCAGCCUUUCCUGCGUUGUGUAACGCCCUACAACCCUUCUUUUCCCCGACAGACUGCUCUGAGCACGUCCUUUACUCUAAACCUUGCUGGAAACCUCACUGCCGCCAACCUGUCGUUGUCACAAGGUGGGAUUGAUACCGAAAAUGGCCUCUUCAGCAUUCCCGCCGAUGCUGGAUACCGCGCAUUUGACGUCUUCUACUAUCUGCUCACGUCCGCGUCUACUCCUGCUGAACGCGAGUUUCUUGGUCUCCAGGCGCCAUCCACCUAUGCUCUUCUUGCUCGGUCGUCUACCUACAACCCGCCUGCAUACCUACCCACGGCCGAUGAUUCCGCCUCCGCCGACGACUUCCGUCAGGCUCUCAAGGACAUCGGUAUCAAGGGAUCCGCUCACCGAAACUUUAUCUCUACUCUGGCUGGUCUCCUGAAGCUUGGUAACACUCUCGACUAUGAACUCGAAUCCGACUCCCUGGAGGAGCUCUGCGAAGAAGCCAGCGGUCUGCUUGGCCUCGAGCCCGCCGUCCUUACUACCAAGUGCAGCACUGAAGACCGACGCAUUCUUGUCAGCGGCCUCUAUGAGUCACUUGUUGACUGGGUUAUUUCCAAGGCCAACGCCGCCAUCGCAUCGCAGAUGACACGAAUUCGGGAUGGUGAGGAAUCUGCGGAUGGCCGUGGAGCCCGCACCCCUACAUCGGAGGAGGAUAAUGGCGAUACUGUCAGCCUCACUGUGGUAGAAAUCCCUGACCCUACCCUUGGAAAAGCUGUCUGCAUGCGAUCUAUCUUUGAUGACUCUUGCGGCAUCAAUGCCGAGAUGAUUCAGGAUGGCGUCGAAGCCUCUCCCGCCGGCGCCUCUGUCAUGAGAGAGGUGCAGCAGGCAGUUGCUGAUGUUGCCCCGGAUCUGGGUAUUAUGACUGGCCCCGAAGGACGCGAACGCCAGCGCGAGCUGGAACAGAGAGAGGUUGUUCUUGAGAGAGUUGCUCACGCUGCUGAAGACGGUGGCUUUAUCAAGAAGCUUCUAUUCCCCAUCCGAGGCGAAGGCAUCAAUUUGGGUCGUGCUGGUCGGUUCGACCUCCCUCACCUGCUCUCCUCUAGCCGUGCCUGGUAUCACCUGUCCUUGCACCCUACAGAUGAUGGCCCGGCCAGCCUCGCUGCUCUGCCCUCCAUUACAUCUGCCUGGUCCGCCGGUACCGUUUCCCGACAGCUCCGAUCCUGGCGUCUGCCUGAGUGGGCAAACCGCCGCAACCGACACCUCGACUAUACAGCUGAUUUCGACGUAGAGGAGUUUGUUACUCGCUAUGGCCCCCUUGGCUGCACUGAUGGCAAGGAUGGCAUCGAGAGCUGGAUGCUGGAACGCGGCUGGAGCAACGGCGAAAUUUUCGUCGGCAAGGAGCGUGUGUGGAUCCGCGAGUCUGCCUGGUGGGAUGCAGAGUCUAUGCUCGACAUGAAGCAAGGUACUAAUGUCCACGGCUUGAACAGCAACCCGUUCAGCAGCGGUUUCGACACAUCCUACUCCAACAACGGAAGCGGCUUUUUCCCGCCCCAACCAAUUGACCCUGCCUAUGGUGGCAGCCGCGAUGACCUUAUGGCAGGAGGUCACUCCCGCAGUGUCAGCCAGGCUAAUGUCAGCCAGGCAGGCUUUCCUCAACCCAUGAAUAUUGCUCCUUCUAUUGCUCCGACAUCCAUGACUGGCGCACGCAAUAUCACCAAAGGUGACUACGGACUUGGAAGAAACGGUGACACUUAUAAGGGUGAGGACUAUGUUGAUGCUGCCGACUAUACUGGCGAGCUGGACCCCGAGCUUGCCAAGAACAAGCACCUAGAAACGAAGCACACCACUGCCGGUCGUCGAGCUUGGGUUGCUGUCGUUUGGGCUCUUACUUUUUGGAUUCCUUCGCCCUUGCUUCGCUACAUUGGUCGCAUGCGCCGACCGGAUGUUCGAAUGGCCUGGCGCGAGAAACUCGUUUUGGUCUUCAUAAUCUUCCUCUUGAAUGCUAUGGUUGUUUUCUGGAUCAUAUUCUUCGGUAAACUGCUCUGCCCAAAUUUCGACAAGGCCUGGAACAAGAGCGAAGUGGCAACUCAUCAGGGAAGCAACUCAUUCUGGGUUGCUGUACAUGGACAGGUCUUUGAUAUCUCUGACUGGUGGAAGCAGCAGCACAGCGAUGUCCCCAACAUCAAGACGACAAGCGACCUCAUGGCGCCACUCAACGGGUUGCUCAUGGACGACUACUUUGUUCCGCCUCUGAAUAUUGCUUGUGGUGGGCUUGGAGUAAAGGAUACAACGCGUCUCACCGCUAACAAUACACCUGAGUACGAAGUUGCUGUUCACACCUCCGGCUACUAUGCGCGAUAUCCCAACAGCGUGCUGCACGACGACAACUGGUAUUAUGGGACCUUCAUGCCAAAGCUCAAGACCUUCUACCACGGUGACCUCGUCUACAGCGCAAAGGUUGUCAAAUCCGAAGGCUCGGACAACCAGCACAUGUGGGCCAUGUAUGGGAACCAAAUCUACGAUCUUACCGACUACUUCCACACCAUUGAUUUGAACACUGGUAAUGAUGUGUACAAGUUUAUGAACACGAAAAUUACCGACCUCUGGAAGAAUAACCCUGGCCUGGACAUCAAGAAGGACCUCGAUAAUGCCCUUGCUACUGCCAAGGCUAGUGGCGAUGAUGACACCUACAACAACAUGGUCAACUCGUGGACUUGUAUCAGGAACUCCUUUUACAAGGGAAAAACCGACUUCCGAGAAAGCGCUCGCUGCACCGUCAACAACUGGAUCAUGUUGGCCUUUACGAUUAUCAUUUGUGCCAUCAUUCUUGUCAAGUUCAUUGCUGCCAUUCGCUUCUCCUCUAAGCGCCGCCCAUCCCCUCAGGACAAAUUUGUUAUAUGUCAAGUCCCCGCUUAUACGGAAGGCGAAGAAUCGCUCCGAAAGGCGCUUGAUUCGCUCACCGCAUUGCAAUACGAUAACAAGCGCAAGCUGAUUUAUGUAGUUUGUGAUGGUGUCAUUACUGGUCAGGGCAAUGAUCGCCCGACACCCAAGAUCGUGCUUGACAUUCUUGGAGUUGACCCGAAGCUCGACCCUCCUGCUCUACCCUUCAAGUCAGUUGGUGCCGGCAGCGAACAGCUCAACUAUGGCAAAAUUUACUCCGGCCUUUACGAGUUCGAAGGCAAUGUCGUUCCUUACAUCGUUGUCGUCAAGGUUGGCAAGGAUUCUGAGCAGUCUGCCGCUAAGCCUGGUAACCGUGGUAAGCGUGACUCGCAGGUUCUCCUCCUGAGCUUCCUCAACCGUGUCCACCACCGUUCUCCUAUGAAUCCCCUCGAGCUAGAAAUGUUCCAUCAAAUCAACAACAUCAUCGGUGUGGAUCCUGAGUUGUAUGAAUAUCUCCUCAUGGUUGACGCCGAUACUGCCGUCGAAGAAGAUUCUCUCAAUCGCCUAGUUUCCGCCUGCGCACACAAUGCCAAAAUUGCAGGUAUCUGUGGUGAAACGAGCCUGCAAAACGAUGAAAAGUCGUGGUGGACGAUGAUUCAGGUGUACGAAUAUUUCAUAUCCCACCACCUUGCCAAAGCCUUUGAGUCGCUUUUUGGAAGUGUUACCUGUUUGCCCGGAUGUUUCUCCAUGUACCGACUAAGAACGGUCGACAAAGGCAAGCCUCUGAUUAUUUCGGAUGCCGUCAUUAAAGAGUACAGCAUUUGUAAUGUUGACACGCUCCAUCAGAAGAACCUUCUUUCUCUCGGUGAAGACAGAUUCUUAACCACUCUCAUGACAAAGCACUUCCCCUCCAUGCACUACAAGUUCGUUCAGGACGCCCAAUGUAAGACUGCGGCUCCGGAAUCGUUUGGUGUUUUGAUAUCUCAGCGCCGUCGCUGGAUUAACUCAACCAUUCACAACUUGGUUGAGCUGCUGCGUCUUGGAGACAUGUGCGGCUUCUGCUGCUUCUCUAUGCGUUUCGUCGUCUUCAUCGAUCUUUUCAGUACCAUCAUUCUGCCGGCUACCUGCGUCUACCUGGGCUAUCUCAUCUACCUACUAGCAAGCAAAACAGGCCCGUUCCCUGUCAUCUCGAUUGCCAUGUUGGCAGCUGUGUACGGCCUUCAAGCCUUGGUAUUCAUUCUCAAGCGACAGUGGCAGCACAUUGGGUGGAUGAUUAUUUACAUCCUUGCCUUCCCCAUCUACGCGUUCAUUCUCCCCAUUUACUCGUUUUGGAACCAGGACAACUUCAGCUGGGGUAACACUCGCGUUGUCAUUGGAGAGAAGGGCAACAAGCAAGUUAUCGCUGUGGCGGAUGAGGUUUUCGACCCCCGAUCAAUUCCCAUGCAGCGAUGGGAUGACUAUGCUUACGCCAACAAUCUGCCUGGCCGUCGUGGCGGCUACCAGGAGAAGGACGAUUCCCCUUAUAUGGACCAGUAUGAGAUGGACGAGAUGAAAUCCGUCUACUCUGCGGCCCCCCAAGGAACUGUUCUCACUGGCAUGCCUGGCAACAACCCUUAUAUGACGCCACAAUCUCCCGCUUUCCAGGGCACUCCCAACCGCAGCUCUACUAUGUUCCACCAGCAGGACCCCAUGAUGAGAGGGCAACCCUCUGUCGUUGAUUUCCAGGGGCGCCAAUCUCCCUACCAGGACUUCCCCCAGACACGUCCCAGCAUGAUAAAUAUCCGCAGCCAAUCCAAUCUUUCUUCUCAUCUUGGCGGCAAUCGCGCGUCUUCUGCGAUGGGCUACUCGGGUGGCCAGCGUCCUCCAAUGGCCAGCGAUACGUCCCUCAACAACGUCAACAUUGACUUUAGACAGAAUAGUGGCACAACGUCGGACGCCUCCAUCAUCGAGUCGAUCCAGGCUGUCCUACGAGAGGUUGACCUAGACACCAUCACGAAGAAGCAGGUGCGCGCUCUCGUGGAGCAGCGCCUACAAACUGAGCUGGUGGGCGAGCGUCGGACGUUCCUCGACCGACAGAUUGAUCGCGAAUUGGAGAAUAUGUAA